UUGGGACAACACACGAUGCAGCGGAGCAGCAAGGAGACGGCGACGGUAACGGCAAUGGAUGCAACCACGUUGGCGUCAGCAUCGGCCACCGCAUCGGCAUCAGCCACGGCAUCGGCAUCGGCAACUGCAGCCACAUCCACAUGCAUUAAGAUCAACAUUAGCAACUGCAAAUCGAAUCAUCCUGCUGUGCGCAGCAGCGGUGGCAACGGCAGCGGCGGCUCCAGCGGAUUGCUGCUGGUGCCCACACACACCCAUCAUAAUCUGCAGCUCGAUAAAAUUUCUGUGCGCUCGAUUAGUUCCGAGGAUAUCUCGAAUGGCGGCAGCGGCAGAUGCUGCAGUGCCGCAGCACGCAAUCCGGCUAUAAAAACAGGACGACGAUUGCAGCUGAUGCAGAUGAUAAUUCUACCAUUUAUACCAAUAUUGGCAUUGAUUGUGCAAACAUCGCUAACCCUGCAGGAGAUACUGGAGUACAGGGCCGAUGUCGCCGACAUCGAGACGCAGGUGACGAUUGCAACAGACUUGGGUAAAGUUGUCACACGACUGCAACUCGAACGCUCCGAGGUGGCCUUCUACAUCUUCACCAAUGGCAGCAAGCAGCGUGCCAAUCUGACACAACGCUUUGCCAACACGGAUCAUGCAUUGAACAACAUGACCACUUGGAGCGAGAUUAGUGUACCAACCGCCAGCGAGGAUGAGGAUGAGGAUGACAAGGAGGUCAUGAUGAAUCGUGUCGAGUUUCAGAAUCGCCUCAAUGAAUUUAGAGAACGUGUGCGCACCGAACCUGAGGAUAGUUCCAUUACCGAAGUAAUGAACUGGUAUACAUCCAUUAAUCGUGGACUGCUGCAUCAUCUGAAUGAACAAAUCAAGGAAACGGAUAACAGCGGUGUCUGGCGCUAUCUAGUUGGCUUCAAGAAUCUGCUGAAGAGCAUCGAGUGCCAGAACAUUGCCACCUCCUUUGGCAUACGCUACUAUGGACGCGGCUCCCUGACAGCUGAAAACUUCGUUUCCUAUGUCCGCUAUGAGUUCAUGGCUCGGGAAAUGAUCAACUCGACACUGAAUUAUGCGCCCAUGCUAAAGCCCAUGUACAUGAACAUUACAAACACCAAGAAGUUUCAUCGCGUCAAGAACAUGAACAACAUAGUACUAAAGAACAAUCCCAAAUUAUUGGAUGAGCGCAGUGCCAUUGAAUACAAUGAAUUCAUGCACAAUUAUACGGAUGAUUUGAGAAUUUUGCAGAAAGCAUUGCGGGGUCUAAUCAAGGAGUAUGUGGAUAAAACACUUGUGGAGGCCGAUCGCAAGGAGGCAAUUGGCAUAGCCAUACUUGUUGUUGUGCUCCUAGUCUCUCCGAUCAUAAUUAUCCUAGUCAAAAAUGCGGCUGCAACGAUACAGUUAUAUGCAUUGAAUCUGUCGCUGAAGGCUAAAGAGUUGAAGCGUGAGAAGCGCAAAAGUGAUUCGCUGCUCUUCCAGAUGCUGCCACCCAGCGUGGCAAUGCAAUUGAAGCAGACGCAACAGGUGCCCGCCGAGCUAUACGAAGCUGUGACCAUUUACUUUAGCGACAUUGUUGGCUUCACUGAAAUCGCCGCUGAAUGCACGCCUCUGGAGGUGGUGACCUUUCUCAAUUCAAUCUAUCGCGUGUUUGACGAACGCAUCGAAUGCUAUGAUGUGUACAAAGUGGAAACCAUUGGCGACUCUUACAUGGUUGCCUCGGGCCUGCCAGUGAAAAACGGCAACAAGCACAUCAGCGAGAUUGCAACAAUGGCACUUGAUUUGUUGGACGCCUCCUCCGUAUUCCGAAUCCCUCGCGCUGGCGAUGAGUUCGUUCAAAUACGCUGCGGUGUCCACACCGGACCCGUUGUCGCUGGCAUUGUGGGCACCAAGAUGCCGCGUUAUUGUCUCUUUGGCGACACUGUGAACACCGCAUCGCGCAUGGAAAGCACCGGCGAGGCUCAAAAGAUACAUAUCACCGAGGAGAUGCACGAGGCACUGCAGCAAGUGGGUGGCUUUAAGACCGAGCAUCGCGGCCUCAUCGAUGUUAAGGGCAAAGGACUCAUGAGCACCUAUUGGCUAACCUGUAAGGAUGGACCGGUGCGAGUGCGUGAGGAGAUCUCGUGGUGUGCCGACAUGCAGCCGGUAUUCCUUGAUCAUCUAAAGCUGCAUCCGCCCACCAACUACAAGUUGCCUAAACGAAAAUGAGAUGAUGAUGAGACACAAAUCGAAAGAAAACGCGACAAGCAACAAUAUCCAAAUGAGCAAAUUACUACUUGUUAGUU